GUGGUUGAGGAGGCCGAAGAUGAUGAUAAGGAGGUUCGGGAUUCAGAUGAUGAGGGUGAGGAAGCUACACAUGUACUGACAAUGACCCCUACCAAUGUUCCUUUGCUGUUGGAUCGAGAAUGGGUGAGCAGUGACAGUGGGGAGGAAGGAGGGCCUGAAAAAUCGAUUGACCUUAGGAGGUCAACAAGGGCAAAGAGUUCCACAAUUAAAUCUCCGUGGAUAGAAUUCAAGGCAGCUCCGAGGACGAAGAGGCCAAAGGAGGAAAGGGACAUCUUUUUCACUUUAAUAUCCCGUAGACCCAAGGGAGAGGAAGAGGGGAAUAUGACUGUCAUCAAAAUGUUUGAUGAAGAUAUAGACCGACAACAGCUGUUUUCCCUGGGUGGAGUGAACAGAGUAAAUAACAGGGUGCUUAAUUUGGUGUGCAAGGCAGUGAUGGAGGACAUGAAGGCAGAGUUGGGGCCAGGGAAGAGGCACAUUUUCGAUGUUGAUUUCAUGGUGAGGUUGCAUAAUUCCAAAUGCAAAUACCAAUGACAGCAAUUGAAUUGGAAAUGACUUGUUCUCUGUUAAUGGAUUAACAAUUUCAUGUCAUGCAGAACAUGAUGGCACAUGAUCCAACCUGGAAAG